AUGAUAGACAUAACUUAUAGCUACCCAUAAUGACCAGCGAACAGGCCCCAGAAGCGAGUACAAGUGGCUCAAGUGUUUACUAUUCGCUGCGCGGGGCUUUGGCAGGCCCAGUCGCCGGAGUCUGCUCUAGGUUUAUCACAUACCCGCCGGACACCAUAAAAGCGCGGCUGCAAAUUCAGGGAGCAUCACCAGGUGGCGGCCCAGCUCGCUACACGGGGACAUGGAACGCGGUGGUGCAGAUUGCGAGGCAGGAGGGCCUCCACGGCUUCUACCGCGGCUUCGGCGCCGUGGCUCUGGGCAGUGUGCCAGCCAACAUGGCCUAUUUUGGCGCCUAUGAGUCAGCCAAGGCGAUGGUGCCACCCGGUUGGGGCAUGGCCGGGGACAUGGCCGUCGGGGCGGCGGCGCAGCUGAUGGCGGGCGUGGUGUUCACACCCAUCGACAUCGUCAAGGAACGACUGCAGGUGGCCCCGCUCAUGGCAGGCGCAUACAACUACUCGGGUCCCAUGCAGGCGGUGAAGGAGCUGGUGCGGGUGAACGGUCCACUGGGACUGCUUAAAGGCUACUGGGCCACCAAUGCGGUGUGGCUUCCAUGGAACAUCCUCUUCAUCGCCUUCUAUGAGGCCUCCAAGCGGGCUGCAGCUGGCGGUGGCGCUAGCAGCAGUAGCAGUAGCAGCAAUGUCAGUGGCAGCAGUACAGGAGCAGUGGGGGCGGCCGCUGCAGGCGAGGCGGAGGUGGGGCCGGAGGCCAGCAGCAGUAGCAACAGCAGCAGAAGUGGCAGUGGCAGCAGCAGCCGGGUGGGGAGCGGCGAGCUAUCGCCAGUGGUGCUUGCGCUGUGCUCAGCAGGUGAGUUCGGCUACGAUCAGCGGGCGGGCUAUUCGGGCAGCGCCAGCCUGGCUGGGCUGUUGACGCACCCGGCAGAUGUGGUCAAGACGAGACUGCAGGUGCUGUCGGCGUGUGCGGCGCACGCGCGAGUCACGGCAUGGUCGCUGGCGCGGCAGAUGUGGGCGCAGGAGGGCGCGCGGGUGUUCAUGACGGGGGUGGGGCCACGCAUACUGCAGCUGGCGCCAGGCACGGCGUUAUCGUGGGUGAUCUAUGAACCCGUGAAGCGGUUCUUGGCGCCGCCGGAGCUUUAGCCGCAACAACGCAUGCGCGGACUACGGAGAGCGCGGCUGGCGCCUACCUGAGGCCGGUGCUGUGGCUAGCAAUUGCUGGUAGAUGAGGUGGCCGAAAAUGCUGGCGUGCUGGCGUUGCAUAGAAGC